AAACCAUGUGGACGAGCGGCGAGUAGAGACACAGCGAAGGACCAAGGGGGCUAUGCUUCGCGGCAAGAGCAAGAACAGGUCGGAGAACGAGGACAACGAGGCGGAGGGUAAGCAGAGGAGGCCGAAAUGCGCCCGCUGCAGGAACCACGGUCUGAUCUCGUGGCUGAGGGGUCACAAGCGAGAGUGUCGUUACAGGGAAUGCCUGUGCCCUAAGUGCUCCCUGAUCGCCGAACGCCAGCGGGUGAUGGCAGCGCAAGUUGCCCUGAAGAGACAACAGGCGGCCGAGGACGCGAUCGCCCUUAAAAUGGCCAAGGUGGCGACCGGUCAGAAGCUCGAUCGGCUUCCACUGGGGAAGAUCUUCGGUAUGUCGGUGACGGAGCCGAAAUCCACAGUGGAUUCAAACGACGACGCGAUCCUCGCGACGAAGAAGCAAGACGGGGCUUUGGAGGACUCGAGGGAUCUUCCGCGCGUGUCCACCGUCGACGGCGCGUUACCAGCUCGUCUUCAAAGCUGUUCAGAUGGUCCGGAAAUCCACUCGAGAUCCAGAAGUCUCCUCUUCGACGCGCCCGCCAACAAACUGGAAGACUCCAAGGAGCCCACCUCGGUGUCGCAGACCUCGGUGGAGACUCUGGCUCGCCUCUUCCCGAACACUAAGCUCUCGGUCCUGCAACUGGUGCUGCAACGUUGCGGGCAGGACCUGCUGAAGGCGAUCGAGUACUUCGCGAGCGACAAUCUGGGCAUCGAGCCGAUGUCGUCGAGCGGCCGCGUCUCGGCUUUUCGACCACCGCGGCCCCCGCAGACGACGAUCGUCGACAACGGCGCCGGCGAGCAGCAGCAACAGCCGCAACCGGUCGCCGGCGCGAUGCUGGCACCGAUCUACACCAGCCUGUCCAGGAACGUCUACGGAGACGCCGGCUAUUGCCUGCUGAACAUCGUGCCCGAACAGUUCGCCAACGUCGUCACGGCCGACACCAGCGGUACUGGCCUGCCGAUCGCGAAGACCGCAUCCGACCAGGAGACUCUCGCGCUCACCAACUUCCGCUACAAUAAUUACUUCAGUCCCGGCGUACAGCAGCAACUGCGGGAGCACGUGUGCGCCCAAGUGGCCGAUCGCCUAUCAGCCAGAACUGGCAUACUGCAUCAUCUACCGCCCAUGUUGCCGGGCAUCCCCUGCGUGCAGCCCAAUUGCGCGCAAUGCAACUACAAGUUUGCGUGAACGCACCAGAUUUAGACCCGUAUUACCAGUCGUUACUUGAGACUUGUCUUAUGUAAGAUACUUGGAUUCGAAUUCAGAAUUGGAUCCAAGUUUGUCAGUUGUGUUGUAUGAUAUACAUGCGAUUUUUGUAUCUCUAAUUGCGUGCCAAUUGAAAAACGUCUAACUCUGAAUUCAAAUCUAAGUAUCUCAUUUGAGACAAAUAAUGACCACUAAUAUAGGCCUUAGACGCGCUUCCCUUCGGAUGUGUACACCACGGGUGAUCUGAACUUUCCGCACUGUAUGCCCAAUAAAAAUAUAAGUUCCGUGCAGAAAAGACAUUUUUUCACACUGAAAACUGAAUAAUAACCAAAUCGGUCAAACUUUCGCGUUGCGAUGAUCUUCUCUUUCUCUCUCUCUCUCUUUCUCUCUCGUUUGAAGGAAAAAUAUAACAGUUAAGCUUCAAGAAAGCCUCAAUAAGAGCGAUAUUAGGGCGUUUUGAUAUAUGCAGACUGAGCUUUAAUAAAGCCUUAAUACCUACUAGGCAAAACACUAAUCUUCACUAAUCCUUCUAAUCGGAUUUAGUGGGGAAAAAAUUUCGUGUGAUUGAACGGAGGACCAGACGAAAAAUUACAUCUCUAUGGCCAAAAAUAUUCAUCUGAACAUUUAGCUGAGUUAAAACUCAGCUGAGACAACUGGUAAACUGAGGGCCAUUGGCUGAAUAAAAUCCUGCUACAAGAAUCUGUUCCCACCACCGAGUUGGUUCAUUUAGUUCCCAGAAAAAUUAGUCGCACUAGCGGAGUUGUUUUUCUCAUAUCUAGAUAUCAUGUUUGAAUAUAAUAUAAAGCGAGAUGAUACGUCAAAUUAUCGGAAUGACAAAUUAGUCGAAUAAUCAACAAUCAUAAUACAUAUACUAGUGAGUUCUCGUCUGGUCAAGGUAUUAGUGAAACUCAUUGUAGAGUCGGUUUGAAGAACGAUUUAGAGAGAGACACAAUGAAGUUGGAAUCUCGCCAAACCGUCAAAAUUGAGAGUCGUUAUCGACGGGCUUAUUCAAUAAUAUAAUUAGUCAUAAUGAUAAUAAAUAUCAUUACUGCGCAAGCCCGUAGAUAAUGAGUCAAUCAUGAUAGUUUGGCGAGAUUCCAAUUUCAUUGUAUCUAAACCGUUUUGCGACUAAGUAUAUAUGUUUAUAUUGUCAAAAUACGUUCUAAUGUCGCUCUUAUCGAUUUAGGCGG